AUGAUUUGUGUGGAUAUGGAGCACACGGGGCAGAUAGAGGAGAGAGAAGGUUAUGGAUCCGUAGCUCUUGCCGCUGUCUGUCUCUUUUCUCGGGACUGUCGUUUUGAAUAAGGCGAGGGUCGAGCUUCGAGUCGUGCAUGGUACAUUUGAAUGAAAGUAGGGACGCACAGCCGCUGGAAACAAAGGCGCGCCGGGUCCGGUGCAAAGGAGCAAGCUGGCUGCGCGGCGGGGGAUGCAGGGCACAAUAGGGAAGAUCACACUCUUCUGCUUUUGGAGGACAGUGUUGGAAUAACAUUUCCCCCUAGACAGACUAGCCUCGCAGCGGGAAACAGGAAUUUGAAGCUGGACUUUACUUUUCAGGCAAAUGUUUUGUGAACAUGAGGACGGGCUUUGCACUGGACGUCUAGGAGACUUGAUGGGGCUCUUUCAGGAUUUUUAGAUUGCGCAAAUAGUCUCAAAAACGCACCGGCACAGCAAAGGAACAUUUUGCGCACCAACGCGAUUUUGAGCUGAGAUUGUUUAAUAUCAUUAUUAUUAUGCGCUCUGGAGAUCACCAGCUGUGGGUGAAAUCACGCUAGAAACAUAUUUUGCGUGAAUUAAUUUACUUGGAUUUGGUUUCUGAAGAAUGUACUUACUUGAUGGUAAUUACCCGGAAAGGAUGGAGCGGGGUACGCCACAAAGAAAAACCGUGUACCGGAUAUCUUUGACACUAGUGAAAAAAGAAACUCUGCAGGAUGGCGGAGGCUCCGCGCACCGGCAGCUGGAGAACCCUAAAGUGAGCGCGUACCGGCGGGAGGGAGCCGCUGACGCUCAGCGCAGCUCACCGCUGGAAGAACUGAAAGAAGUGGAGGACGAGACGGACGAAUUUUCUGCACACUCAUACAUGAGGAACUUCAGGACAUUUAGUACUGGACAUCUAGAGUUGGGCAGGUUGAAAAUCUCAAGGAGGGCGCAGUAUUCACAUAAAGACAAGGAAUUAAAUGAAACGUGCAUCCUGCCAGAGAAUGGACAGAGCAAGGUCAUUGAAAACGGGGCACUAGUGCACAAAAAGGCAGAUGAUGUAGCUGAAAGUGACAGAUUGAAAUGUGAUGCUGAGCAUGGAGAAAUCUGCAUUACAGCUGCUGCUAAUAGAGGAAACACAGACAUUCGAAACAAAAUCCUCAAGACUUCCCGGAGCACAGAGGAACCGGUCAGUACAUGGUCAGAUGAUACCUCAGAGGAACCCAAGGGUGGCAGGAUGGCCAAAGAGAGCUGCAUCUCUUAUUUGCAGGCUAAAGGGAAUGGGAAGUCACCCAAACCAGCACCUGAAACCCCUCCGGUGAAGAGCCACCCAAGCCUCCUGCGGCGAAGUUUCAGCUUUCGCCACUGGACAGGUGGAGAGUUGAUCCGCAUACGGGCGCUUUCCAAAGAGAAGCACCACAGCAGCUCGGGCUGCAUUGGCCAUGAUGGAGAGCACAGUCAGGUCCAGGCUGGCGUAGUUCUUCAAAACAUGGCUUUCGCCGAGUCUGAGUCCACUGAGAAGCGAAACACCUUGGAUGUGGGUGAGGUCUUGAGCAAAACUGACUCCAUGACUGAACUGGGCCGUAUGGAGAGGAUGAAGGGCAAGAAUCGAACGCUGGACAACAGUGACCUGCUCAAGCUGUCGGAUAAAUCGUUGAUGGACAAGGAGGGUUUUAUUAGAGGGACAGGCUCCCGUUCCAGCGGGCAGGAACGUAAACUCAUUCGGUUCUUCAGCGGUAUCUUCUCAAAGCGAGAAGGGACAUCCACACCACUUAGCAGCCCCAGCAACCGGGCUCUCCGGAAGAAUGGCCUACUGGGAAGUCAGCGGAGAUCAGAAAUGAGCUGCUCACAGUCCAGUACCGAAAGUGUUAACGGAUGCCAACCGGACGAUGCCUUUGUCAACAGUCAGGAGUGGACGCUCAGUCGCUCCGUACCAGAGCUCAAAGUGGGCAUUGUGGGUAACUUGGCCAGUGGAAAGUCUGCCCUGGUGCACAGGUAUCUGACAGGGACGUAUGUGCAGGAAGAGAGUCCUGAAGCUGACGUGGAUGCAGGAGGACGUUUUAAAAAGGAGAUUGUAGUGGAUGGACAAAGUUUCCUCCUCCUAAUCAGGGAUGAAGGGGGACCUCCGGAGGCUCAGUUUGCGUUGUGGGUGGAUGCGGUGAUAUUUGUGUUCAGUCUGGAAGAUGAGAUCAGCUUUCAGACGGUCUACCACUACUAUAGUCGUAUGGCCAACUACCGCAACACAGCAGAGGUGCCCCUGGUGCUUGUGGGAACUCAGGAUGCAAUCAGUGCAGCCAACCCUCGUGUCAUCGAUGACACCCGCGCUCGUAAACUGUCCAACGACCUGAAGAGGUGCACAUAUUAUGAGACCUGUGCUACCUAUGGCCUCAACGUGGAGCGCGUCUUCCAGGAUG